CGUUAGGCCACGUAACUAUCGGCUUGCGUCGGCGCAGGCUUUCAGUAAGCGCUGGGCGAAGCUCGCGCGCGCAUGUAUUUGUGUACCGACACGUGUGUGAGUUCGCAGUUCGCGUGUGUGUGUUGUGUUAUAUUUAAGAACAUUUUGGGAUUUUUAGGUCACAAUACAUGAGAUAACACCAAAAUGGCGAAAAUCGUGAACUCUACACAGAGUGUUUUAAAAGACACUUACGACUAUUAUUUAUGGACCUUGUCACUCUCGGACAAAAGAACCGAGGGAUGGUUGCUCGUAGACUCGCCGGUGCCGACAGUCAUCUACACGCUAAUGUACCUAUUUAUCGUGUGGGUCGGGCCCAAGGUCAUGAAAAACAGACGCCCCUUCAAACUCACUUGGCUACUAGUCCCCUACAACCUGGCUAUGGCCGCCCUCAACGGUUACAUAGCUGUCAAACUACUCACAGCGUCUUUUAGACUGAGAUACAGUUACAUAUGUGAGCCGUGUCGACAGAGGUACGACGCGGAUGAAAUGCAAAUUGCCAACGCAGUGUGGUGGUAUUACUUCUCGAAGCUUCUGGAAUUCUGCGACACAUUCUUCUUUAUCCUUCGAAAGAAGGAAGAGCAGUUAACGUUUUUGCAUGUGUACCACCACUCCACGAUGUUCGGCUUCUGGUGGAUUGGAAUCAAAUGGGUACCAAGUGGAUCUACCUUCCUCCCUGCGAUGGUAAACAGUGCCAUACAUGUGCUCAUGUAUACGUACUACGGUCUCUCAGUCUUUGGUCCUUCCGUCACCAAAUACUUGUGGUGGAAAAAGUACCUCACGAUCUUGCAACUGAUCCAGUUCACAUGCGCCCUUCUUCUCGGAGUCAACGGCAUCAGGACCGGCUGCGAGUUUCCUCUGUGGAUGCAUUACAUGCUCAUCGUUUACAUGAUCUCCUUCAUCGUGCUCUUCGGGAAUUUCUACAUGAAAGCCUAUAUUGCAAAGGGAAGCAAAUGUAUGGAAGUAAGAUACGGGCAAUGCUUGGACGACGAGGAAACCAUUGAAAAAAGAAAACUGAAAGACAACUGAAGAUCUAAUAUUGUUAUAGUUUAUCAUUCUCACGCAUCAUUUGUUUGACUUGAGUAAGAAGGCCCAGGUUAAUACGGCAGCCAAUAUUGGUAAUGUUUAAUUUAGAUUUGAUGCCAAGAGCAAUCGCAGUUACAGACAGUAUCCUAUCCUAAGACAGCAUGUCUGUGUGUAACCCUUGAAAAGAAAGGAUGUACAGCUCAGCAUAUGCCAUGCACUAUGUAUAAGCACACUACACGGCGCAAAUUUUCAGUUGAGACCCGUGUGACGUCACAGCUAAAAUAAAAAUAAAGCUUAACUAUGGAGCUUAUCACUUUGCUGGUCCAAUGCGGGUUGUUGGGCUUAGGACGAGUACGUUACUCCAUUACGGUCGACCUCAAGUGUUAAUGAUAAUGACCCGGACUGACCUGAUGGCUUAAAGAGUUCUCCCAAGCACCAGGGUGUAACACCACCAUCUCCACUCCGGGCCGAGAACUUUCUGCGAAAAUCUCUUAUAAGAAAAAUAAGGCGUAGAGGAAAAAGAAACUCAGUUUUAAAAGCCCAGAAUUUCUGCCGUUAACGAAGAUUUUUAUUUAAGUCGAAAUGAAAGGGUUGCGAGUAAAGUCCAUGAAGUUUAACAACUGUGUUCUCUUUUUUAGAAUUAAUGGGCCAGGCUUACUCUUUCAUCUAUUAGCUACUGUAAAGGUCGCUGCAUACGUAACGUGAUUCCAUGUUAACGUAACGGGAUUUUCUUUUAAAUAUCGUUUCAUACGAAAUACAUACGAAAGUAUAUUCGGAAGCACGGACGGGAAGCUGACGUGGCAUAAAUAAGGACUGGAAAAAACAUUGUUGUCCCGUCUCGCACAUGCAUAUCGUCCUUGUUCCGUACAUGCAUUUCGUCCGUGUUUUGUUGGGUAUCAAUGGCAUAACUAUAAGGUAGGGCUGGCUAAAACCUACAGGCCCACGGGGCACCAGCCAGUUUCAACCAGUUUCUUAGCUUAAGAGUAUUAUAAAAUAGUUUUAAAAAAGUUGUGAUUUUUUUUCUGGAGCCAAUUCGCCACGGGCCUCAUGUGGUAUAGGUAGUUAUGUCACUGCUACGUAAGUAUAAUUGUAUAAAAACGAAUGUCGAAAAUUAAUAUGCGUUUCUUUUCAACUUUUGUCGUUGCUUACAUAUCAUUUCGUCACCGUCUUGUCCAAGUCCUAACGCCGUUAUGUAUGCAGUGAUCUUAAGUAUUUUUGGGUUCAGACUAUAUCAUGUUCUUGUGAUAAAAUAACUAUAAUAAUAAUUAUUAAUUAAUCCUAAUUUAUAGUAAGUUAUUGUAUAUAAAUAAAGAUAUUGUCAUCUAUGUAUGUAUUGUGAAGGAAAUCGAUUAAAUUAUUUGUUGGGUUCAUA